GAAUCUUCUAAUCCAAUUUUUCCUUCCCUUUCUUUUCUGCCCCAAAUUUCAGAAAUGGAGACUUACAAAACCCUAGAAAUUAUACAGAACAAGGAAGAUUCAUCGGUAUUUCACCUCUUACUCAAUCGACCAUCGAAACGCAAUGCUCUCUCACCGGAAUUAUUCUCCGAAUUUCCCAGAGCCCUCUCGUCUCUCGACCAUAACCCUAACGUCAACGUCGUCGUCCUUUCCGGAGCCGGAGACAACUUUUGCGGUGGAAUCGAUCUUAGUGAGCUAAAGGCCUCCGAACGUUUCCUUUCUGGCGACCGAGGUCGUGGCGGGGAGAGGAUCCGACGACACAUCAAGGGUUUGCAAGAUUCCAUAACAGCGAUCGAACGGUGCCGAAAACCGGUCAUUGCCAGUAUCGAGGGUGCAUGUAUCGGCGGCGGAAUUGAUAUUGUGACGGCAUGUGACAUUAGGUUUUGCACAAAAGACGCAUACUUCUCGGUAAAGGAGGUCGAUUUAGCCAUCGUUGCUGACCUUGGGACGCUCCAGAGGUUGCCAAGCAUCGUUGGGUACGGAAACGCAGUUGAAUUGGCAUUGACGGGCCGGAGAUUUUCGGGUCCGGAGGCGAAGCAAUUGGGUUUGGUUUCUAAAGUAUUCAAUUCCAAGCAAGAACUAGAAGAGGGAGUGAGGAUGGUAGCCGAAGGAAUUGCUUCAAAAUCUCCUUUAGCUGUGACUGGGACAAAGGCAGUGUUACUUAAAAGUAGGGACCUGAAUUUGGAACAAGGGUUAGACUAUGUUGCUACUUGGAAUUCGUCUAUGAUGUUAUCUGGUGAUUUAAAAGAGGCUAUCUCUGCUCAAUUCCAGAAAAGAAAACCAAAAUUUGCCAAGCUUUGAUGAGUUAAAGCUCUCACUUUGCAGAUUCACAUGGCGAGGGCUGGUUGGAGCUGACGCUGACGGAUAGCUUGCGUGGCGCGAGCUGGUUGGAGCUGACGCUGACAAAUAGCUUGCGUGGCGCGAGCUGGUUGGAGAAAGGCUGACGUGCGGGACCCACGCGUGCAGGCUGGAGAGAAGACUUGAGGCGUGUCACUUGCACCUGGUCAGGUGUGUGUCUCACACGCGAUCUGGACCUUUGGAUCAGGACGUGGACGGCUGCGAUGGGAAGCUGACUUUGACCGCAAGUGGGCCUUGCAUAAGGGCUGAUGAGAUUUCUUUUAAAAAUUGCACUUUUAGCUCCAUUUCUCCAAUAUUUCUUCAAUUUAAUCCCAAUCUUUUUCUUCCAAACAUACCUAAAAAUACAUAAAAUUAAUUAAAAAAACUAAAAUAAAAUUAAAAAUAAAUACCAUAUAACAAAUUAUAACAAAAUAAUUAUAAAAACACACAAAAACAUAUAAAAUUACAAUAAAGCUAAUAAAUUGAAAAAAUAAUUAAAAACUUAAGAACUAAACCAAUUUUUAGUUAAAAAAAUGUGAAAAAUAACUCUAAUUUCUAGAGUUAUCACCUUUCUGCUAUUAUUAUCAAUCAUAAAACCCUCCACAACCAAUUCAAGGGUAUCUCCGUCUGUCAUUUUGCUCCCUGUAUUACACAUAUGCUUUUUGCAGAUGACAACUUGUUUUUUUGCUUAGGUUAAAGCUCACAAUUGUUAUGCUAUUAAAGACAUCCUUCUCCUCUACAACAAGGCCACUGGCCAAACGGUUAACUUAACUAAAUCCUCCAUCCUCUUCUCCCCUAACACUAGCCCUUCUGAUAGAUCUUUUUUCCUCAAUUCUCUGAUUAUGGAGGAUAAACCGUUUAUUGAUAAAUAUAUGAGUGUUCGCCAAUGCCUUUCCCGUUUUAAAAAAUUAUCUUUCCUUUUCCUUUUCC